UCACGUGUUCCAUUAUGAAAAAUGGCCGACGGAGUAAGUGAAACAAACACAGCUGCUGAGGAAAGCGACGCCAAAGAAGAGGACCCCAAAGUUUUGGAAGUUCUUCCAGACAGCCACCCUGUUGGCGUUAGCAGCGAUGAAGAGACUUCAAAAGACAAACCGGCGACCGAGAGCAACUGGUCAACACCGAUCCUGUCGCUGGCACGGAAGGCAACCGAGACGAUCAGCAGUGGGGUCAGCUACGGUGCAGCGUUGAGAAACGCCACAUCUUCGGGAUCUGCCGCGAGCUCUCUGAAGUGUCCGACUAAACAAAACUCUACGGAGAAUGACACCAACGCUAAACAAUACCUACCGGCAGUGAAGGACCAUAUGGCUGUGGAGCGCUCCAACCUGUUCAGUAUGAUGAAGCUGGGUAUUAAGGGCCUGAUCCAGUCUUCUCUAAGUCUGGGCAGAACCCUGGACUCUGACUACCCUCCUCUGCAGCAGUUCUUUGUGGUUCUGGAGCAGUGCCUCAAACACGGACUGAAAGUAAAGAAGUCAUUCAUCAAUCAGAAUAAGUCUAUCUGGGGUCCUCUGGAGCUGGUUCAGAAGCUGUGUCCUGAUUCUACUGAUAUUACCACCAGUGCCAGAGACCUGCCAGGGAUAAAGACUGGGUUGGGUCGGGCUCGGGCCUGGCUGCAUCUGGCCCUGAUGCAGAAGAAGUUGUCUGACUACCUGAAAGCCCUGCUGGACCAUAAAUACCUCCUGGUUGAGUUCUAUGAUCCAGGAGCGUUGAUGAUGGAGGAGGAGGGAACAGUGAUAGGAGGGAUGCUGGUGGGGCUAAAUGUCAUUGAUGCUAACCUCUGUAUCAAAGGAGAGGACCUGGACUCCCAGGUCGGGGUCAUAGACUUCUCCUUGUACCUGAAGGACCCUAUGAUCACUGAGACCACUAAGGAUGAUACUAAGAUGACGGCCAUAUUGGACCAGAAGCACUACAUUGAGGAGCUGAACAGACACCUGAGCUGCUCGGUCUCUGACCUGCAGGCCAAGAUGGACUCCAUAGAGAAGACCAACGGCAAGCUCAUUGAGGAGUUGACAGCAGCGACAGACAGAAUUAACUCUUUACGGGAGGAACAGGAAACACUGAGACAUGAGAAUGAGACCAUCGUCCAGAGCAACCAGAAGAAAGAGGAGGUGACCCUGGAGGACAGUGCAGUAGAGCUGGAGACAUACAGACAGACGCGACAGGGCCUGGAUGAGAUGUACAGUGUGGUCUGGAAACAGUACCAGGAGGAGAAACGCAUCAGACAGGAGUUGGAGAGGGAGCUGGAGCUGCAGAUAGGACUAAAGCAGGAGAUGGAGAUGGCCAUGAGGCUGCUGGAGAAAGACACACAUGAGAAACAGGACACACUGCAAGCCCUCCGACAACAACUAGACCAGGUCAAAACCCUCAACCUGCAGAUGUUCCAUAAAACACAGGACUGUGAGCGUGAGGCCCAGAGGAAGCAGGAGGAAGAGGGACAGCUGGAGGAGAAGAUAAACCAGAUGAAGACCACCAUUAAGAAGAUGGAGCAGAGACUGCAGAACUCUGAGCGUGAUCGCAAACAAAGUGACCAGAUGGACAUGAGGACAGAGCUGGAGGGCAGGGUAGACUCCCUACAGAAACAACUGUCUGACCUGGACACACUGAGGCGGGGUCUGGAGAGUGAUCUGUGCAGUGAGAAGGAGCAGAGACAGGCCAUUCAGAGAGCUCUACAGAGAGAACAGGACAACAGCACCGAGCUACGCACCCAACUACAACAGAUACAGGGGCUACACACGGAGUUGCAGGAUGUUCGUCAGGAGAAGCAGCAGCUCCAGCAGACCUGUCAGGAGCAGGAGACGGCCUUACAGGAGAUGGGCCUCCACCUCAGCCAGUCUAAACUGAAGAUGGAGGACUUCAAAGAGGUCAACAAAGCCCUGAAGGGCCAAGCCUGGCUGAAAGAUGAUGAGGCUACACAGUGUAAACAAUGUCAGAAGGAGUUCUCCAUCGCUCGCAGAAAGCACCACUGUAGGAACUGUGGAGAUAUCUACUGUAACAGUUGUUCUACUAACGAGUUGGCCCUGCCCUCCUACCCUCGACCUGUACGAGUCUGUGACAUCUGCCACUCACUACUGCUGCAGAGGAGCAUCUCUUCCUCCUGACGGAACACACACCUCUUCUUCCUCCUGACGGAUAACACACACACACACCUCUUCUUCCUCCUGACGGAUAACACACACCUCUUCUUCCUCCUGACGGAUAACACACACACACACCUCUUCUUCCUCCUGACGGAUAACACACACACACACACCUCUUCUUCCUCCUGACGGAUAACACACACACACACACACCUCUUCUUCCUCCUGACGGAUAACACACACACACACCUCUCUUCUUCCUCCUGACGGAUAACACACACACACACCUCUUCUUCCUCCUGACGGAUAACACACACACACACCUCUUCUUCCUCCUGACGGAUAACACACACGCUUCACUAAUAAUAUUUCUUCCCUCACUGUGCUCAAAGCCCACAGAGAACAUUUUAAUCAAAUUUGAGCAGGGAGGCUGUGUUGCCACUAACCUGAAAUUCAGGAUGUUUGGGCACGGUCGACUGUCAAACCCUCUGCUUUAUUUUGGGCUAAUACUGCCUUGUCUCAUCUUUUAAACUACCCUGGGUGGAUUUCAAAGUAAGGUCGAUAAAGAAUAGUUAGUUAGCCAGCUAAUUGUCAUUGUUACUAACUCCAUAUUCCUCUAGGAUGCUGAAUUUAAAAAUGAGGGGAGGGGGUGUGUCAGUAUGUUGUAUUAUGAAUGACCCGGAAUGCAACAAUUGUGGGAACAUGUUAGAUGAACUGACCUAUAAUUUCAUUGUUGAUUCACUUAUAGACCUUUUCAAAACUCUUGCUUUAAAAGUGAGGCGAUUAUAUAUAGUUUCACAUGAUUCUUUCACUUCCAUUGAAGCAAAGGAACCAAGUUCAUUUCCUCAACCUGCCUUGCUGAACAAUUGUGGAUUUGUUAAGCUGUUUUGUUGUAAAUGACUACAGAAUGUUAACACAUACCAAGAAAGGUCUAUUUUAGAAUGUAUGUAAAUAACAAUCAUUGUGACAAGUGCUACUAAACAGCCAAUUUCUGCCAAUUCAUUGGGGCUUGUUUUGAGCAACAUGUUUUCUAUAUAGAUAUCUAAUUUAAUAAAACGUAUCUGAAUGUU